AUGCUGUAUCGUAGCAGCGUGCCGCAGUUCACAAUAACGUUUAAGAGCAAAGAGGAGCUAUUCCAGAAGUACAGUCAAAAGCUGAAAGAGCUCGGUAUUCCACACGAUUCGCUCUAUCGUCUCGAUUCGGAAGAGGUUAAAGCUGAGCCAGUGAGGAACGCUGAUGAUGUCUUCUCAUUGUUUGAGCAAACCUUUUGGGCAGAUUUGUACAGUAAGAGCGCUGCUGAAGCGAAUGUCUCUCUGGGACUCCCCUAUCACAUACUAUCCUCCAAGUCCCAUAGCAUGAAAGACUUCGCGCUACAUCUCCAGACU